UGAAAGGGAAAUUUCAAACUUCUUUCUCUAUAAGCUUCAACUUUCAAGAGAGUUUUGAAGAUAAGAUUGGUUCCGACCCAUAAACAAUGGAACGAAUCUUGGAUCUCCAUGCGGGCUCUAGCCGUGAGUUGAACAAACCGGCUCCUGGAAUGUGGCGUUUUCCUAGAGAUCCUGAUCUUUGUUGUAUCUACAGAGUCCCAAACUGUUUGCGUCAAGUAAACCCAGAAGCAUACACGCCUCAACUGGUUCUCAUUGGACCUCUUCACCAUUCUUUAAAAUCUCAAGCUCUCAUGUCUCGUGGAGAUAUCACAAACACGAAGUCAAUGGGCUACUUAAACAUGGAGGAGCUCAAGAAAGUUUACUUGGUGGAAUUCGCACGACGGGUUGAAGGGAAGAAAACCAUUGAUGGAUUCAGGAGAAUAAUCGAAGAAGAUGAAGAUCUAAUCAGGGCAAGCUAUUCUGAGUCAACGGCCUGGAUUUCAUCUCCAGAGUUCGUGGACAUGAUCCUGCACGACUCUGUUUUCUUGCUAGAGUUCUUUUUGAGGUAUACUUUAUGGGAACCAAAGAAGAUCGGGGAUCCUCUCAUGGACGAGCCUUGUCUUGAAUACACAGUCGAUGGAGAUCUCAUCUUGCUCGAGAACCAGCUUCCUUACUUCAUCCUCGAGAAACUCUUCGAUCAACUUGUCCCUACACUCAUCCGGAUGCAGACAUUCAGUGAAUUAACCAUCACCCAUUUUGGACUCCGAAAUGGUUUUGGAAACAACUCAAAGUUUAGACAUUUUACUGAUUUGUUAAGGUGUGUCCGCGUCAAGAAAGUUCCGGAUCAUGAUCUAGGGAAAUACGAGCCCAUGUAUGAAAUGUAUAGUGCGGACAAGCUACACACCGGGGGAGUGAAAUUCAAGGCCAUAGACGACUUGUUGUCGGUCGAGGUGAAAUUCAAGAAUGGUGUUUUGUAUAUACCAUGUUUUGUAGCUGAAGACCAAACAGAGAUGAAAAUUAGAAACAUCAUGGCACUUGAGCAAUGUCAUUAUCCGCUUAACGCCCACGUAUGUAACUAUAUCAUGUUCUUGGAUUUCCUCAUUGACACCGAGAAGGACGUCGACUUGCUUGUCGAGAAAGGUAACCCUUAAAUUUAUUGUAUUAGCUAGUUCUAUAUGUAUAUAUAAGCUACUAAGCUAUCACGAGCUUCACACUUUAUGAUGAUGUGAGAUCCUAACAAUUUGUGUACUUGUGAGUUUUGAUUGAUUUAUGAAGGUUUUGGUUUUUGUAAGGGAUAAUAACCAAUUGGCUUGGGC